AAAGGAUCAAAAUCAUAAGAAGAAUAGAAAUAGAGUUACCUAGGUACUUCGUGUUGGGCGGUAACCAUUGUGUCGCCCAUUUUGCCAUCUCCUCACUUGGCCCGUCACACUACCACGCAGAAUUCAUCUCACACUGCGACAAACAGUGAGCUAACACAGAAUGGAAGCGGAUGUGAAGACCGAGUUGGAAAAGAGGGUAAACGUUGGUGAAAAGCAGGGGUCCAUCGCGGCUGCAAGUCAAGUUGGUCCGCUGCAGGCAUCACACAGUCCUCGUGAGCUUUGUCCUAUCACAAGCGUCGGUUGUUUGGAGACCACAGGGAUUCUUUCUCGAAUGCUGCUUGCAGAAUGUCGAACCAACAACGAAGCGCCCGUUGGUCCCGAUGGUGCACUCUUUUCAAGCAAACCAACACGAGUCUUGGUGCAGCAACAGCAACAACAGCAGCCACAACAAUUGGCUGUGAUCGAUGCAGAAGACGACCUAGAAGAAGAAGAAGAAGAAGAAGAAGACGUCUUUUCGACGGGGCGGAGUCUUCAAGUUCCGACACAUCAGCGAAGUCAAGAGUGUGGGAGAGCGAGUUCGAAAAUGGUCGCACCUACCACUCGGUCAGUUCAGGGAGUGUGGAUGCUGCUACCGCAGACAGAUCUUCUGGAAGAAGUCCGUCACGCGGAGAAAGGCCUCGAAGCCUCGUGGG